AUCCAUGGUCCGCUUUUAAGGGUUUUUUUGCAGUCGUGAAAAAUGGCGUCGGAUACAGGAGGUGUGAAACCUUUUUCCAUUCAGGGCCGUAUGGCCCGUGAAAGGGAGAGGUUACUUGGAAUGUCCGAUAAAGAACGAGCUUGGCGACGUCAGUGGAUCAAGGACCAAGAAUUGUCUCCAAAUGAACCGAGAUAUGUUCCGGAAUACUACAAGGAGCGGUAUAACCCUAUCCGUAGGGCAUAUAAGAUGCCAUUGGAUAUUGCUUUUAAGCCAUUGAUACCUGUGUUGGGAGAACGGAACACAUACAUUUGUCGCUGGUUCACUGGCAAAAUCCUCAUGAUUGGCUUUACAAUUUAUGCUACUGCAUACUACUUCAAGUACAAUGCAAAUGACUGGACAAGGAAAGGUGGCUGGCGAGUGAUCUCAUCUAAGAGGGCCGUUGUACCAGGCGAUCCUGGCUAUCCACGUGUGUCUGAGAGAACAAAACCUGAGGAUUAUGCAGCCCAAGGCUUUAAGGAGUCUCCAAUAUAAAUGUGUACAUAUAGCAUGUAGUUUUACUGUUAAUAAAGAAACAUUGUUACUAUUUUGUAGGCAAUAAAGAUUUGUGAAGUUGUGUGGUUUGA